AAGCAGAAGACGGCAUACGACAAAUAUAUCAUUUACGCUCUGCUGACUGCGGGCACGUGCGCCUGUAUCGCAUUGAGUUUCCUGUACGAUUACACGUCAUUCGUCUUCGGCAACGAGCACUCGACUGCUCUCCUGUCGCUGAUGUUCGUGACCGCCCUCGUCGGGUGCACGAGUUCCGUGCUCUUCAUGCCGUACAUGAGGAACUACCGUGAGAUCUAUCUAGUAUCCUACCUCGUCGGGGAGGGACUGAGCGGAUUCGUACCGAGUGCCGUAGCGCUGAUUCAAGGCGUCGGUGGUAAUCCGAGAUGCGUCAACGUUACCAAGCCAGGUUCCAGUCACCUGGAGUUCGUGCCCGCGGAAUCGGAUCCGAGAUUCUCCUCCGAGAUAUUUUUCAUCUUCAUCGGGUGUCUGUUGUGCCUGAGCUUCCUCUCGUUCCUAAGCCUGAACGUCUUGCCCACGGCGCGCGGGGAGCGAGUCAAGCUUCCGAGCAGCAUGGAAAUGCUGCCGACCGACACGACGGCGCCGCCGAGCUACAAAACUAACUCCGGCUGGACAAUGCCGAAGUAUACAUACUACUAUUUAUUAGUCAUGAUGGCUGUGGUCUGUUUCCUCGGUAACGGCACCUUACCGAGCAUACAGUCGUAUUCCUGCCUACCGUACGGCAAUGUAGCGUAUCACUUGACGGUCACGCUGGCCUCCAUA